CACCUCCACCACUGACCACACCUCCACCACUGACCGCUCCACCACUGACCACACCUCCACUGACCACACCACCACUGACCACACCUCCACCACUGACCACACCACCACUGACCACUCCACCACUGACCACACCUCCACUGACCACACCUCCACCACUGACCACACCACUGACCACACCUCCACUGACCACACCACCACUGACCACACCACCACUGACCACACCACUGACCACACCACCACUGACUACACCACUGACCACACCACCACUGACCACACCACCACUGACCACACCUACACCACUGACCACACCACCACUGACCACACCUCCACCACUGACCACACCACCACUGACCACACCUCCACCACUGACCACACCUCCACCAUGGCCACACCACCACUGACCACACCUCCACCACUGACCACACCUCCACCACUGGCCACACCACCACUGACCACACCUCCACCACUGACCACACCUCCACCACUGGCCACAUCACCACUGACCACACCUCCACCACUGACCACACCUCUACCACUGGCCACACCACCACUGGCCACACCACCACUGGCCACACCACCACUGACCAUACCACCACUGACCACACCACGACUACUCAAACAAACAUAAUCUCAGAGUCUGGCGGAUUUAGAGCUGACGUGGAAUUAUUGAAGGUUAAAGCCUCCCCAAAAGUUGACUCCAUUACAAGUGACAUUAAGCAACAGUCAGACGAAGAUUUACGGACGGAAGAAGACCCAAGUAGAAUUUACUCCGUAAUUAAUGUUUCUGAGAAGAAACAGCGCAUAAAAUCUAAUGAUUCGUUCACUCCCCAUUUAUCAUCGGUCAUCGGUAACGAUGUAGAAAAGACUGUUGAAGACGGAGAUGAGGAGAUAAGAACGUCGUCUUUUGGCAUGACCAUAAGACAGGGUGGUUCCAGGGACGUCACUCUGAUUGAAGAGAAGCUGUCCAAAAGCAUAGUCUGUAGCAAAGAAAAUUUAUUCUCUGGGGAUUUUGACAAAGAUGUUUGUGUUGUGGAUGUGGAAGAUGGCAGUGAUGACGUGGGGGUGAGUGGGAGUGACAGAGGAGGCUUUCCCAACGCUACGGAGCUCCCUCGUGAAGGUAAACGUGGCCACCGUGCUCGUGACAGCUGCCUGCAUCAUGUUGAAGACGCCAGUACAAAUAUUUUUCGUUAUGAGAGUUCUAAAAAAGUUGACAUAUGUGAUGAAUCGGAUCGAAAUACGACAGCUCGACGACUUCUGACAGGUCACAGACGACUUACCAAAACUAUUUCUGAGGAUAACUUUACUCUGAAGGAGAACCCAGAGUUCGGCUCGCAGGAGAAGGUCGCAGAACUUUCACGGCUGCCUUCCUUCAAGAGAAGUCGAACAGAGGGUGAUUUUCGUCAAGAAAAGUUAGUGACAGACAUGACUGUUAUGGAUAAAUCGUCGACGGUGAGCGAAAUAUUCGCUCGUGGUGUGUCGGGGAAGAUCAGGCUGAAGAGUCGAAGUGUUGAGAAUAUUCGUCUCUCCAGCUUGAGCUGUGUGGAGAUCCCCAGUCCCACCGAUACCAUGCCUCUUCCCAAGGCUGAAUCUUCUGCUGCUGUUGACAUUCCCAACACUGAAAACACUACCUCUUUUCCCAACAUGGGCUUCUCUGCCUGUCGCAUUGUUGGUGUUCUAAAGAAGAGGGAUUCCAGGGAGAACGUCUUGGGGCUAAUGUCUCCGUCCAAGGCAGAAGAUAAUCAGACCCAUGAUGAGGCUGGUGUCACAGGACGCAGUGAAGACUCAGAAAAAAUACCUCCUGUUUCCAAAACAGAUGAAACAGUGAUUCCAGAUGAGGAAAUCUCUGUUAUAAAAGCUUCGCAGCUGGUAUCAGAGGAAGUUGCCAAAGAAGCUGUUGAGGCGGCAAUAACGCAGUGCGUUCAGACUUGGGAUAUUUGUGAUCAAGAAACCAUAAACCUUCCCAAUAUUACUAAAGCCAAAUUAACCGUGGCUGGAAGUCAGAUAGCUGAAACUCACAUUUAUGAAAAUGUACCUGAAGUCAUAUUUUGCCGAGGUAGUACGACGGAAGUCCCUGCUCCGAGUUUACCAGCAGGUGAAGAACAUCCGCCAACUGCAGCCGAUCUCAAAAAUCUUGUACCCAAGGUAAUACACAUAUACGAGAACUUGCAGGCUGCUGCUGCUGCUUCAGUCUCAACAGCCACCCUUUCCUCUGGUAUCACAGAUACAAAAUUCGUGGAUGUUCAGCAGCGUCAAGAAGAAAGCAUCACGAAGGAAAGUUUUUCAAGGAAAUUUGUCCCAUUUAAAGAAACUCGUGCGGACAUGAAGGGCCAUUCACAGUCAACAUUAUUGCCCAGAUUGUCGACCAGUCAGCCCCUCAUCGAGGCUUCGUCACCUAAGCGUGUGGCGUAUGAAAGAUCUUCGUUAAGGAGGAAGCUACAACCGGAGUCCGAGAGCAGAGCUGAAAAGCAAAAGUCAAAUUAUAUGAAACAAAAGACUGUCAGAGUUGGUAUUUUAAAAAAACAGAAGUCGGACAUUACUGGAGUUCGGCUGCAAAAACUUCACUACUUUGACAACGAGCUUCCAGGAGAAAGAAGAAGGUCUUACUCAAUUAGUAGUGUUGACCCGAGGGCAUCGCCUCGAGUCCAGAAAAACGAUGUUGUGGACCACAGAGGUUUAAAUUCCGAGAGUACUAGAAGCGACUGCAGAGCACCAAGCGUCAAGCUGGAGACGAGUGGCUUAGACAGGCGGUAUAACGCCGCUAUGAAUGCCAGCAGUAGCACUAACAGGAGCAGCGCCAUUGACAGGAUUCUCCAGAGUUGUGCCCCUUGCAUUUCGAGCACAACAAGUUCCACGUUGGAUUUGUCCGUCAUGUCAUCACCAGUCAAUGCUGACACCAGCGGUGAUCCUUCAACGGAAUUUGACCCAGACGACGUGGGAUUCAGAGACAGAGCAGUUCGCAGAGGUAGUAGUGGCUCCUCACGCCGACAACGUACCAGAAAUAAACAUCUUUACAAAACGUCAUACUCAUCAUCGGAUGUGCCAACCGUUGUGAGCUGUGAUACCUCUUUUACUGCGAACGAAAACACGCCUUUGGUCAGUCAAGUAGCCCUGGAAAAUACAGAAGUUCUUGAUGUUAAACCCAGUCAUAAAGAAAGCGAGAAAACAACAGAAACGACAGAACAAGAGGCAGAAAGUCCUGGAGGCCAAGUACUAAGCCAGAGCAGUUGCAGUUUGGUAUCCAUCUCGGCGGUGGAUGGAACAGUUGCAGUAACAUCGUCUGAUGCAUACUUUACUGGAGACGAGGCCAUUACCAACAGUGAGCACGAGACAGCAGAAAAUAGCUAUGUGAGCUUUGAGAGAGAGAGCUCGACUCCAAACCCAGAAGAGGAAGAAAGAGCCACCGACGACGCUGACUUUUACAGCGAAUUGCUGGACACCAUUCUGAGUGUGGUUGAUGCGCAAGAACCUUCUUUUUCUGCAGAUGGGGAUGCUCCAUGCCCAGACGAAGAGGGUAAGACCGGCUUGCAGGUAUUGUCGCAGCAGAAAGGAGGAAAACGUGCACAUGAAACAGUACAGGCGCACAUACAGGAAUUACCGAAUAAAGAAUGUGUGGAUGAGGUUAUUGCAAUCAUGAAUGAUAAAAAGCACAACUCUCCAACUAAAGAAGAGUGCAAGCAUUCUGCAGGCAUUAGUGAUUCAGAUUCAACCUCGAGUGUAGACUCGGAAUUGGCGGAGGUGCGCCGCCGCAUCACUCAGAGAUUCCCACCCGUGCCCCGGGCAGACCCUCAAAUGAGCCAGGAGUCAGUGCUGGUCUCACCUAGUGCCCUGUGCCCCAUGCCCACCUGCGCCGCCUGUCGUGACUACAGCACCCGUGUAUCACAGCCUCUCGUGUUUACUUUCGACUCAGCGGUGGGCUCACUACCGCCCUGUAAGCCUGCACGUGCCGUCAGCAUGCCCUAUGUGGACCAGCCGUGUGAGGGAAACGACCAUGACCUCAUCAGCCGGUCUCUCAGCCUCCCUCACGACCCCGAGGUGUUUCAUAGCCCUGAGGUCGUCUGUCGUACCGAGCACGACGAUGACGAGUACUGGAGUGCUGGCGAGGAGGCUGGCCGAGGCUCUCCCCAGAUUUCUACUGGUCUACCCCAAAACUCACCACACCAAGAUUCGUCACCCCAGGAUUCCUCGUCACCCCAGGAUUCCUCGUCACCUCAGGAUUCCUCGUCACCUCAAGAUUCCUCGUCACCUCAGGAUUCUUCACCACAUGAUUCUUCACCACAAGAUCUUUCUCCUCAUGACCACACGUCACAGGAUGAUCCUCAUACGGACUCCGGCGUGGAGGGAUGCAGAGAUCACAGUGAGAGCUCGAGUAAUCAGCUGGUGGAGGAGCUGUCGCAGCUUCGCCUGGAGAACGAGAAACUGGCCGCCAGGAACCGUUCCUUACAGAGUGAAGUGGAGGAGUUACGCAAGGUGAAGGAGAACAAGGUGGAAGAGGAUCUCCAACUAAAGCCUCGAAUCAAUGAAAUGACAAUAGAACUUACACAUGCGAAGGAGGCGCUAUCAGCCUUAAAAGCGGAUAGGAAACGUCUGAAGGCAGAGAAAUUUGAUUUAUUGAACCAGAUGAAGCAGUUGUAUGCCACACUAGAAGACAAGGAAAAAGAAUUACGGGACUUCAUUCGAAAUUAUGAACAGCGCAUGAAGGAGAGCGAUGAGUCCCUGCGCCACCUUGCGGCAGAGAGAGAUGAAACAGAACGAGAAAAAUGGAACAUCCUGAAGCAUGCUAGGGAUGAAUCAGAGAGAGUUGUCAAACUUUCUGCGCAGCUUGGUCUCAAGGAAGCUACUGUAAAGAAGCUUCAAGAAGAACUUGAAAUGGUCCAUAAGCAGCUCACCUCUGUGGGAUACUACAGUGAUGCAGAGUCUGUCAGGACUAAUGGACUAACUACUCCUACAGCUUCCACACCUGCAUGUUCACCCUUGCCACUUUCAACGCCAACUCCUACCCCAAAUGGCCGUGGGUCAUCAGCAGACUCUGGUGUAAGGCUUUCAAGUGAUCGAGAGUCAACUGCUAGUCAUGAUGGCACCCCUACCAUUACUGUGGAGCGAGGCUUUCUGGACUGUGAUUCGCUAUCAGUCUGCUCCUCAGCCACUGCUGUUUCUCAGUACUACUAUUAUGCAUGUGGUGCGGGAUCCCCCAAGGAGUCACCCUCACUCUCGCCUCUUUAUGCCACACCAGUUUGCCUAAAACGAGAGGAACAGAGUGGAGACAAUACUCCCACUAGUGCACAAACUCCCACAGCUGCCACUGUCAAUUCUCCUACUAUAAGUGGACUUGCAAACAGUAGUGCAAAUGCAGGAGGGUUGAGCCGAUCAGCUGAGCAGUUGUGUGAAAGGUUGAGUGAGGCAGCAGACUCUUCCAAAGGUCGAGGUUCAAGCACUCUCAUACGUAAGGGUCAUAAAGGUGGCGGGACAUGGGGAUCAAUCUCAAGGGUAUUUGCCAGACAAAAGAAGCGUGCUGCUUUUGAUGCUUCACUCUAUGAUGGUAAUGGGAGUGACAAGCGUGCUUCCUGGUCUCCAAGUACAUCCCUGUGUGCCUCACCCUUGACUGAAGAGAGUUACUCUGAAAAACUUAGACUCUUAGAAGAGGCACAACACAUUCCUCUGGAGAGAUGGAAAGCUCCAACUGUCCUUGCUUGGCUUGAAGUUACUCUGGGCAUGCCUCAGUAUGGUGCCAUGUGUGCUGAGAAUGUUCGAAGUGGAAAGGUUCUCCUAGAACUCAGUGAUUCAGAAUUAGAAGCAGGCCUUGGUAUUACACACCCAAUGCACCGUAAGAAACUUCUAGCCAUCGAAGAACUCCGUGAACCUCGCGUAUCUCGCUUCCCUCGUAUAUCUGCGUUGGGACACACAUGGGUGUCAUCUGAGUGGCUUCCAGAUUUGGGCCUUCCACAUUACUCUGAUACGUUUGCCAACAACCUUGUGGAUGGCCGGCUUCUGGAGGCCCUCACAAAAAAGGAGCUGGAGAAGUAUCUAGGGGUUCAUCGCAAGUUUCACCAAGCUUCAAUAAUCCAUGGAGUUCAUCUUUUAAGAAUUGUUAGGUUUGAUAGGCAGGUAUUAGCGGAGCGCCGUCGUCAGUGUGAUCUCAUUGAUACUGAUCCAGUUGUGUGGACAAAUAUGCGAUGGGUACGCUGGGCAAGAUCCAUAGACCUUGCAGAGUAUGCAGAUAACCUAAAGGACAGUGGUGUCCAUGGUGCUUUGGUAGUUUUGGAGUCUUCCUUUACUGCAGACACAAUGGCCACUGCCCUAGGGAUUCCCCAGUCCAAAAAUAUAAUCCGAAGACACUUGGCUACAGAACUGGAGAGCCUUGUGAAUCCUGCAAGACAACAGCUUGAUGAACAAGCUCGAUAUGCCAAAUUGGAGCGCCGUAGGCAGGAGAAAUUGGCAGCUGGAGGAAGUCUAGGACGGUCGUUCUCUCGAAGUUAUGGCACUGGUCUAGAGAGAGGAGAAAAAGACAAGAGAAGAGCAUCACUAAGACCCUUGCAGAAAAAGGUUUGCGCAUUUCCUACACUUCCAUCUAAGGGGUCAUUAAGCCGUGCUCUAGGUCUUCGCCUACGUGAAGAGGCUGCCACAGCAGGUAACAAUGGUGGUGAAUCCUCAUCCUCGGGAGGGCAGUCCCCAGCUGUAACAGCAAGAACUAAUGCCCAUCGUGUACUUCAUGCUCGCCCUCGUUCCACUAUUAUGCCUUCUGGUGUUUAUGUACAUCAUGAGACACAUCGUCGUGUCAAGAGUAUUGGUGAUAUCGAGACUAUCACCGUGACACCAGUUUAGCAAUACUCUUGCCAGCGACUCACAUGGACGUUCGCUGAAAGGUGUGCCGAGGUUUGUUCAUUUAUGUGUUCUCCUGUUUUGAAAAUUUUCAACUAAACACAAUGUGUAUCAACAGGGUGAAUAGAUAUAGAUACAUUAAAUAUACAAGACUACAUUAUUAGUCAAACCUAAUGACACUUAGAAUAAAUACUUUGUAUGAAUAUUAGAUUACUUCAUUUUAAGCCAUUAUCAUUUAGAGUAGUUUUUGAAGAGCAUGAGGAGCACUGGUAAUCUAUAAUGCAAAAACCAGUAUAACUGCUGCAACUGCUUUUCCUGAACUUCUCAAAGACCACUGAGCAAUUUCUAUGAUAUAAUUCUACUGCCACUGAGAUAUUUUGAUAUAAUAUUUGAAACACAGAUUCAUAUCGAAAUUUUUUUGUAUAAUUUGAUACUAUUUGAGUACAACUUGAUAAGCAGCCACAGGGACCACACCAGAUGGCCUUUCCCCGUGGGUAGUUCUCAGGCCAAUAGUGUGAGGUGAUUUACAUACAGUGCUUAUUAAAUUGGUAAGUAGGCUCAAACCAGGAUUUUCUUGCACCACAAGCAGAAUAGCUAGUGUUUGAAAAAAUAUGCAUGUCUGAGGUUUACACAAAGGUAUCUUCAAAAUGUAAACAUCUCUAUCUGUAUUGUACAUAUAUAAGCUACAUAAAUUCAGAUUUAAAUACCUGCUUAAAUUGUUUAAUAUACUGCUCAAUUUUUUCCAUUAACAAUAGAACAUAGCAGUGAUGAAAAAGACACCAGUAGGAGUGAAGUCCUUUGUUGAUGCAUUUCACACGAGUGAAAAGCUGUACUAGUGUCUUUUACACCACUAGUUGGUGUUACAUCUCCAGUUUGCACCAGAACAUAGCAGUCAUGGGAUGAGCAUUAUAAACAAAGAUGUGGGACCAGGUACCUUCUAUUUCACUGAAGGGUUCCAUGUUUUUCACACAGGUUUCUUGUCAGAAAUGUGGUCUUUCAGUCAGCUGCAUCAAUCAUGUAAAUCUGUCAGAUUCAUCACUGCUUGAGGUUUAGUAACAGGUAAUGUAAAUGUAUAUGAAUAUUUUAAGUAAUAAUCUCUUUAGAGAUACAGUUGCUAGCCCUCAGGAGGUGUUCAAGAGUUGGAAUUAAUUUCUUGUACAUACUGUGUAACUUUUGUACUUAAUAGUAUAUGUGAACGUAAUGCACUGUAAGUUAUUAAUUUAUGCUCCUCAUGAUGACUUGGUUGUUGUGUGUUUGACUUUUAUGUAAGCAAUUAUAUAAUCUCAUAGGAAAGUUAAAUUUGGACAACUAAACAGUCAAGUUUUACAUACAUAUACAUAUUUAUAUGUGGUGCUUUUUAGGCAGUAGGCCAGACAAGGCAAUCUGCCAUAAUAGUACAUACACAGUAUUUAAAAAAAUAUUUUAUACAUUGAUAGAUUUUUGCAAAUUGAUGUGGUCACAUUUUUAAUUGUGCAUCAAAACUCACUUAUCAACAUCAACUUGACCCUACUAAAAUUAAAAUAAUGUUUUACAAUCUUAGAUCAGCCUACAUCUAAUUAGUAUUUUUAACAUCAAUUAAAUGUAUUAAUUUUGUAUAGGUCAGACUAAUUUUGCACAAAGCUGUUGCAGCAAUGAAGUUACACUUUCCAUAUUUGAUUUUAUAAGCCAAAAUUGCAAGCUCUGCCUAAAAAAGCACGACACACACACAUACAUAUAUUUUGCUUCAGAGUAGAUUUGUAGUUAUUAAAAUGCUGAUGAGCACAAUAAUGUUACAAGUUACUUUAUAAUGGAUCAUAUUUAUUAGUAUUGUAUUAUUAUGUUAUAAAGAUGCCACGUUAAAAUAUUAUUGUGUGGUUUUCAAUUAUGACAUUUCUCAUAAUGUGAAUGUUACUAGUCAGAUUUCUUUCUUAAAGACUGACCAUGAGAUUUUUUAUUUCAUGUAUCAGUUGACAUUGAGAUAUAAGCUUUCAUUUAUCAGUUGACAAUGUAAUUUUGUUCUCCUUUUGUGACUUUAUCAGCACUUACUUGCUUAUCUAUAAUCAGUCAGAGAGAUUCAUUGUAUAUACAAUGAGUUGAGGUCUUAAGCAAAAUUUAAGGUUGUAACUUAAAAAUACUGAAAACUAUGAGUUUGGAAAAAUUAAAUAUGGACUUUGGAUUAAGUUUUUUUUGUGUGUGUAGUAAUGAACUACAGUAACAUUUGAAAUGACCAUCUACAGGGAAUAUAAUUUUAUAAUAAAUAAAAAGGUAAAAAGGCCAGUAGUCAGAGAAUCAUAAGCUGUUGCAAAACUAAUAGACACAAAAUUGCUAGGCAACCAGUACAUGUUGAUAUAGUCACAAGGUGGUGAUUGUGUAGACUUUGCAUUUCUGUUGGAUACAGCCACUGCUAACCCAAACAAUGUUAGUAAGUCAAGAAUCAGGUUAAAAUAGGAUUGUUUAGGCCCCUAAAUAUUAAAGUGCACACCUCAAAAUUUCUUCUGCAAGAUUUAUUCCUGACAGUAGAGAAUAGCUAAACCAGGAAUUUGCUUUGAACCAGCCUUGCUUAUGCGGAUAGCUUUCACUGUCGUUGCUCUUGUAUUUCUCAGCACAAAAAAACAUACGUCUUUCAUUUUUUUGGUAUGCAAUUGUUGUAUUUAUAAUGCAGUACGUACAUAACUAUUUUUAUUCACUCAUAAACAUUUGAUAACAUUCAUAGAUUAUAUAUAUUAGUUUAAUAUGCAGUUCGUAUCAAGAGGUAUAAGUAAUAGCAUUGCAAGUCAGUUUAAAUGUAAAAUUAUGAAAACUUUCAAUACGUUAAGCUUUUUGUAUUUGCAUCGCUGGUUAGUCAAAUCCAGUACACGUAAUGCAAAAUUGUGACAGGGGAUAACCAAAAAUUUAUUUUAUAAUAUAAAGGAGCAGUAUCAUACUAUUCUCAUGUUGUAUCUAUAAAAUAAACUUAAUUAUCCUGUUGCAAACUGUACCCGAGUGAGAACAGAGUUGUCAUCCAAAACAAGUGCAUUGUAUUUUUAUAUACUGUCUGUAAAUUUAUGAUAGUGUGUUGAAAUGUACAUAAGACAUCUACCAUUGGCCGGUUCGCCAUGACCAAACUACCUGAAUGUGGUCCAAUGUAGGGACCAUAGGAUAUAAGGGUUCUGAAAUACGUGUAUUGUACACUGCAUUUUUAAUUUUUCUUGGUAAAA